CACGCGGUGUCAUGUGCCCAACUUCGCACUUGACCGGCCAAGCGUGUCGGCUGGCGUGUGUCCCGCGCGCGAUCCGCCAUUAGCGUCGUCUCGAUUUCGGUCGGAAGUGCCGCCGCGAGAUGAGCCCCGCUACGGCGAGAUGACAGUUGGCCGCGCGAAAUUCCCACGGACCAUAAAAACCGUCAUAGGUGUUUGAUAUAUCACGGCGAUUAAGUUUAUGGCUCGGUUUCAAUCGCUUGUUUUUAAUCGACGCCGGCAUACUGUUGAUCGGGGACCGUUUUUCAGCGCCGCGCGAUUGAUUUACGAUCCAUCUAGGCGAGUUUGCCGGCCGUUCCCAUCAACAAAGUCGUCCCGAAGGCACUUACACCAUACCUCAACUUAAUCUAACCUCAAAAUUAAGCGAGCAGACGGUUUUACGCUAAGGCUCCAAAUUGAAUAGGGGACUACGAUUUUUCGAGAUUAUCUCGAAUUAUUGAAACUGCACUCUGUAAUUAAUUAUCUUUUGAGGACCGAAAAGGAAUCAGAGAAAAACAUGGAACAUUUUGGUAAUGUCCGUUCAUAGAUAUAAGAAAGUGACUAACUGAUACGGGCAAGCUGUAAGAAUGAAAUAUGGCUCAGCAGGUCCGUACUUUGCUUAGAAUUUAAUUAUUUGGAGUUUUGUUAGGAAAAUAAAAUUACAAAUUAUUUUUAUUACCUACUUAAAUUACUUAAAAUUAUUCACAUAAUAUAUCAGUAUCACUAUAGUCAUCAUCGCCUGGUCUAAUUAUUAUUUGUUCUAUAUUAUUUGCAAUAUGGACAUACGAUUGUUCUGCUUUUUCUAUAUGUUUAACAGAAUUUGCCAAACUUUGUGGAGGGAUGUUAAAAACUUCGGUGUCUAUAAGGUUGAGGACAUUGGAGUUAACACGGGGAAAAACAUUGUUACGAAGAAUGCCAGAUUUCCAAACAUGUUCAAUGGGAUUAAAUAUACAGUGGUAAGAUGGAAGACUUAAAACUGUAUGCUCUAGAUUUUUUGCAUAAUUACAACAGACGUAGAUAUUCCUUUUGUAGGUUCAAGCUUUGUAGAAUCUCAAUUAAUUGCUUUUUGGUAUAAUCUUCGUGAAAAUAAAUGUCGUUAUUAUACAUGUAUUGUGCAUACAUUGUUGCUUUUGUGUCGUAUGAGGAAGGGGUUUUAGUCAACUGUCUACUGUGAUAACUUGCAUUGCACCAUUACAAUGACGCUAUUAGGAGGAAUGUUUGGAACUAGUUUGUUUUUAAACCAACUUUCAAAUAAAUCAGCGGUGGUGUCUUCAUGGUAAUCCAGAGAAGAAUCCUUAAUAUUUUUCGCAGACAGAGAAAGUCCGUUUGGAAUCCAACCAUCUUUAUGGCCAGCAUGCAAAAUAGUUAUUCUUUUACCUCUUUUUUUUUAUGGUAAAUGGCAAUUUUUUUAAAUAUAAAACCCAUGUGUUGAAUACACUUCCAUGAGGUAGUUCUGCCACAUUUAACGCCGGUUUCAUCUUUUUCAAGCCUCCUAAUUAAGAUAUCUAAUGUACGCACGCUUUGUUCCUCGUAUAACUGGUAAAUUUUACGACGUAUUAUAUAUUGAUCACUUUCAUCUACACUCGAGAAAAUGUCAGCAUCGCUUCUUUUUUUCCUCGCUGAAAUGGGAUUAUUCACAAUUUUCCAUAUAGUUGAUUUUGGAAUUUUUGUCAAUGUGGCCGUUUCUUCUAAAGAUGCUUACUUGCUGGCACCACGUUGAGAGUCAAAUUAACAUUGUUUAUAACUUCCUUAGUCUCAAUAGAAUACUGUUUUCUACAUUUGGGCGAGAGCAUCUCCUGAGAUACACUAAACUCGCACAGAUUUUGCAUAAUUCGAACACGAUUCAACACACGCUGUAUUACACACGAAAUAAGAGUGUAUGCCAAAGCAAAGAAUAUUAAACACGGGUAGGUAUAAAAUUAUUUUCUGUUACGGACCACAAUUUAACCUGAAUUUAAAUUCCAAAAUUUUAGGUAAUAAUCUUGUAUUGUAUAUUAAUGACCAGUCUUGGAUAAUCCCAUUGAAAAGCAAUUGGUCACUUUCUUAUAUCUAUGAACAGACCAUACAAGAAUUAUUACACCGCAACCAAACCUCAAUCUUCUUGACUUUGAUAUCAAAGUGUCUCUUUUUAUGGGAUACCCAAAGUUUGUUACGCGAUUUCAGCUCAGUCCAAACUCAAAAAUGUCCGAGGAGACGGUUUUACACUGACCAAGGCCCCAAAUUGAAUAGGGGACUACGAUUUUUCGAGGAUUAUCUCGAAUUAUGGAAACUACACUCAGUAAUUAAUUAUCUUUUGAGGACCGAAAAGGAAUCAGAGAAAAACAUGGAACAUUUUGGUACGAGAAUUAUUACACCGUAAUCAAAUCUCAAUCUUCUUAGCUUUGAUAUCAAAGUACAUCUUUUUAUGGGAUACUCAGUUAGUUACGCAAUUUCAGGUCAGUCCAAACUCAAAAAUGUUCGGGGAGACGGUUUUACGCUGCCAAGGCCCCAAAUUGAAUAGAGGAGCGUGAGUACGCUAUACUCUGUGAUUAAUGAUCUUUUGAUAAUCAAAAAGUAAUUGGAAAAAAACAUGGAACAUUUUAGUACUAGAAUUAUUACACUUUCAUCAAAUCUCAAUCUUCUUGGCUUUGCUGCUCAAAAUAUCUCUUUUGUGCGAUACCUAAAGGAGGAGACGGUUUUAUGCGCCAAAGCCCCAAAUUGAAUAGGGAUUAUCUCGAAUUAUUGAAACUACGCAAACACUUACUUUACACAAUGAUCUUUCGGCGAUCAAAAAGGAAUCAGAGAACAACACGGAACAUUUUUGUAUAAGAAUUAUUACACUGCAAUCAAAUCUCGACCUUCUUGGCAUUGAGACCUGCGACAGCGUUUUGUGUAUGUUUCUUUUGGAGUUUUGCUGGCUUAUGAUUUUUCGAGUGACUCGUUCGUCUGAAACAUCUAAACCGAUAUGGCUAGAUAACUUUCCCAACAAUUUCUUCCUGUUUUUCCAAAUAAGGUCGUCGAGAUAGUGUCGUGCUUCCUUAGUCUGCCCUACUAACUAACACAUUUAAUUUACGAUUAAAUACAUUUAUCGGACAAAAUAUGUCUUGAAUAUGUCCCACUACUUUAUUCGGCAAAAAAGAUGAAGUUACAUCUGUGAACGAACCGUGGACCACAGAACCUCGAAUAAUGUCACGGAUCACGGAGUCGCGACCUCCGCAGAUCACGGACCGCUUUACGUCAAACCGUUGUGGAAUUUGAAUCUGUCAACGGGGGACGCCCCGCCGUCAAAAAACGCGCCGAUCUAACGAUAAUCGGCGGGUUAUUAAACGCGCGACGUGAUUAAUGUCGGUUUCGGCGUCCUAACGGUAGUACGGCGGGCCGUAAAUUAUCGCGGCUGACGUCACCGGCGAGUCCGGCCCUGCCGCGUGGGGUUGUUCCGAUGUGAUGAUACGGCGGCGGUGGCACGUAAAGGGUGUCGUUUGGAGCGGACGGCGCGCGUUGGGUGUUGCGGCGCGCGAAACAUGUGAACAUGGAGUUGAUGAAGAGCGUCUACGAUCAGUACGAGCGGGCGCCGCCUCCCGCGUCGGGCUAUUACAACGGGGACGGUUUCUUCGGAGAGUUUUAUCCGGGAUUCGUGAAGCUGGAGGAGGCGAUCGACAGACAGGCGCGAGAAACUUCGCAGAACGACUUUUACGACAACGAUUCAUCGUACCUGUCGACCGGAUCGUCCACGAACGAACCGUACGGAAAUUUCAAUAUUUUUGCGCUCGCCCAUACGUCGGCCGACAAGAAAAAACCGGACAAGAAGCGUCGGAACGCGGUCAGGGACAGGCCGACGUCGCCUACCGUGCUCAAGAGGCGCAGACUCGCGGCCAACGCUCGCGAAAGAAGAAGAAUGAACGGAUUAAAUGACGCUUUCGACCGGUUAAGACAGGUGAUUCCCAAUCUGGACGCCGAACAAAAGCUCAGCAAGUUCGAGACGUUGCAGAUGGCCCAGUCGUACAUAUCGGCGUUGCGGGAGUUGCUCGCGUCGCGCAGGUAGCGUGAAAGUGCGUUUUACUUUUUCUAGUCCGACAAACCGAAUCGAAAUUAUAUUCAAAUCGGGCGUAAUAAAAGUAAGAGCGUCGCGAAGAAUAGAUAAACAUCUCCGUACGGACGAAACGUUAUUAUGUAAAUAUGUGCAGGUGCCGCUGCUAUUUGGAUUUUUUCUUUCAUCCGCGUGGUUGCAGGGGCAUGACGGAUUACAUAUUUUUUAUUUUUAUAAUAGAGUGUGUUCUUUAGUCACUGGGUUGUUUUCAG